AUGGAGGCAUGGACAUUCAAUAAGGAUUUGUGGGAGCGCAGUGGUGGCUACCUAGUGCCGUUCACCGACUCGGACUUAAAAUACUUGACCGUCGCCGCGUCCCACACCGUUGCGACCGUGAGGUGUGCGAUGUACGGUGCCAAGGGCAUCAAUCCUGAGAUCUGCAUGUCCGACGGCACGAUUUCUAAAGAUUUGGUUCUGGGCAAGGCGUCGUCCUACAGCAUCCCGAUGACCCAGGGGAUGCGCUUCCUCGUGAUCAAGUGGGAAGUGAAGGAGAAGUUUGAGGGCUUAGCAUCUCUGUUGCAGGAGGCGUUCAACGAGACGCACGCUUCGUACCGCCACGAGUCCAAGAUGCAAACGUUGCAGCGUAUCCACAAGGUCCUUGAAGUGGAGCGGGGGGGGGACGGCCCUUUCCUGACUGAGAUCGUCAACUACUCCAAGUGCAUCGGCGACGAGAGGAAGGACGUCUCGACGAAGACCUUCACGGCGCUGGCGGGCGCCCAGCUGGCCUGCGCCCCACGGUGGAUCGUAGCAUGCUUGAAGGCGUGCCUCGUUGCACCAGAUACGUUUUGCAAAGACGGAGUGUCUAACAUGAUUACUGGCAGCGACCUCGCCGAGCUGCAGCACACGGGCAAGAAGCACGUGCAGGUCAUGGCGUGCGACGUCGUCUUUGGGGAGGUGGACGCGUUCAUGAAGACGAUCACUGGUUUAGCGGCCGUGGCAGCCGCCAAACUUGCAGGCGAUUUUCAAGUUCGUUGCGUGAUGAUGGUUAUGGCCAAAAAGGCAAAGGGGCGGAAGGUAUACGGAACCCUGGACGAGAUCAAGGCCAAGUUCAUUGAGGAGCUGUGCAUCGCGUGCCCACUUGCUGCCAAUGUGACGCCCCCCUGGACCACGGAAAAGGACACUACCAACGCUGCUGCCCCUUCGGGCGGCUUCGUCGAGUACGUCCAGUCUGCUGGUGGGCAGAUGGUCGUCGACGGCAAGGUGAUUACCGACCUCGGCUUCGACGUCGGCGUCUUGGUGAAGGCGCAGUCGGGCGACGACGGCAUCUACAAGAUCGUCGAGAUCAAGGGCUGCGAGGUCAAGCUUUCCAAGGACACCGAUGCCCCGAAGGGCAAGUGCAAGGGCAAGGGGAAGGGGAAGGCCAAGCCCAUCACGAUCACCACGAGCAAGCUCAUGGAUGAGUAUAAGGUGCACGUGGAGUCCGAGAAGUUCGAGAUUAAGGUGGACCCCGCGAACGCCCAGCAGAACCCCAUGAGGCACAAGGACCUCGGCUCCGAGAUGCUGAAGUCGCAGGCGCGCUCUCUCUCUCUUGCGCCGCCGCGGCUUGGGCCAAGAUAG